AUGGAGGGAGUGGCGGCGGCGAGCAGAGAUCUCGGCGUCGGAACUGGAAUCCAACUCUGCUUCUCUACUCCAGAUAUUGCUGUGCUCGACGGUGGAUUUCCUGCUGCCGGCCACUUCGCCGGCCAGGCGGCACUGCUUCUCCGCGCAUUCAGGAGCGACUCGCUUCACAGAGACGGCAUUAGUGGCAUUGACGGCGGCGGUAGAGUACAACGUGGUGGGCAGGUAUUGGACUCGGCGGGGGCGUUCCUAGCCGCGUGGGGUGCGGCAUGCAAUGACACGGGGCGCUGCGGCUCCCGGCCGGUGCUAUGGGUGCCGGCAGGCAGGUUCCUGAUCAGCCAGGCCUACUUCAAGGGGCCCUGCCGGAGCGCCGGCGUGGACGUGGCCAUUGACAACAACAGCACCGUCUUCGCGCCGUCGACAGUGGACAACAGGGCGUGGAUCAUGUUCCACCAUGCCGACGGCCUGGCAAUCCGUGGUGGGACGCUGGACGGGCAAGGGCAGGAGUACUGGGCAUGCAAGAAGGCCGGUAGGUGUACCGCCGGGCAGGGGCCCAGGACACUUGACAUUAGCCAAUCCAAGGGCGUGAGCGUGAAGCAGCUGACGCUGCUCGACAGCAAGGAAUUCCACAUGUCCAUCUUCGACUGCAGCGGCGUGACGGUCCAAGGCGUCCGGAUCAUCGCGCCGUCUAACAGCCCCAACACCGACGGCAUCCAGGUCAGCCACUCCCGGCACGUGAGCAUCCUCAACACCACCAUCGGCACCGGCGACGACUGCAUCUCCUUGGGGCCCGGCACCUCAGACAUGCUCAUCAGGGACAUCAAGUGCGGUCCAGGCCACGGCAUCAGCAUCGGGAGCCUGGGAUGGCAGGACGGUGAGGAGGGGGUGAGAAACGUGACCGUGGACAGGGCGGUGCUGAAGGGCACGACCAACGGCCUGCGGAUCAAGACGUGGGCGAUGCCCAACUCCGGCUUCAUCAAGAACGUCUUCUCGCGGGUCACCAUGAACCGCGUGGCCAACCCCAUCCUCGUCGACCAGAACUACUGCCCCUGCAAGGGCGACUGCCCGGGCAAUAGCUCGAGGGUGCAGAUCAGCGACCUGUCGUACACGGACAUCAGGGGCUCGUCGGCGACGCCCGUGGCGGUGAAGUUCAACUGCAGCGGCACCAACCCCUGCAGCGGGAUCAAGCUCAGGAACAUCAGGCUGAGGUACCGGCACCAGCGGCCAGCGCAGGCCAAGUGCCAAAACGCCGGCGGGUCCGCGUCCGGAGAGAUGGCAAAUCUUCAUGUAAAAUCCGAUGGUUAUAACUUGUGA